CUCUCUCUCUCUCUCUCUCUCUCCCCUCUGUUUCUCACCUCCCUUUCUACACACGCACACACAGUCACACACACGCACAGAGUCGAAUAAUCUAGGGUUUUGAAUUGGGUGUUAAUUUAGGGUUUUGAAAUUGGGUGUUAAUUCAUCUCCCCUUUCUGUUUUCCUCUAUCUCUUUUGUCUCCACCGCCUCUGCCACACCAUGCCAUUGCCCAUGUCCCACCGUAGACCCACCAAACCCACCCCACAGCCCACGAAACCAUACCAAAAUAGCCGAAUUAGCACUAAUUUUUAAUUUGUAAUUCUAUUUAAAUCAGAUCAGUGUGUGUUCUUUGUUAGAAGAGAAAGUUUGUUUCUUGGUGGACUGUUAAUCUACAGAGUUAAAAAUCAGUCCUUUACCCUUCUGGUUUCUAAAUGCUUCACAUACUUCCACCGACUUGGAGAUUUUAUUCACAUACUUCCACCGGUUUUUUCUGCUGUUGAAUGGGAGUUAAUUUUCCGGGAAAAUCAUGGCCAUGGGAAAGUCGUUCAAGGAUUCUCUUAAAGCUCUCGAAGCUGAUAUUCAGCUUGCCAAUACUCUAAGCUUGCUCGAUGGCAUGGUUCAUGAUCAUUGUUUCAGGGAUGCUUGUCUGGUUGGCCUCUCUCUGCAAAAUUCUUCAUGCAUCAUGGUCACCUUCUAAGGCAACAUUCUUAAAUAGCACUGGUGGAGCUCUUCAUAGGAAAAAUGUGUUGCUGGUUAUAUCCCAUCCUGAUGAUGAGUCUAUGUUCUUUAGUCCAACAAUUAAUUACUUGACUUCAAGGGGGCAUAAUCUUCACAUACUGUGCUUAUCAACCGGCAAUGCAGAUGGAAUGGGAAACAUUAGAAAAGAAGAGCUCUAUCUGGCUUCUGCAAUUCUCAAGGUUCCACUCCAACAAGUAAAGAUCCUGGACCAUACAGAUUUGCAGGACGGUUUUGGCAAAGUGUGGAACUGCAACUUAGUGGCAAGGAUCAUUGAAGAGGAAAUUCAUACUCGAGAAAUUGAAGUGGUCAUUACUUUCGAUAACUAUGGCGUUUCAGGUCAUUGCAAUCAUUGCGAUGUGAAUCGCGGGGUGCGGAGGCUCUUGCAUGAUACGUCACAGAUAAAUGUUGAAGCUUGGGAGCUUGUACGUAUUCUCUCCAUAGUCCUUUUAACAUGUUUUACAUGUGCAUGUCAAUGGCUUAGAUGUAUGUUGACAUGUUGUUGAACAAAUCAUGAGGUCUUGAACCACCCUUUCUUAAUCUUCUAACUAAAUGUCUCCAAAAAUUUACAGCACAGCAACCUUGUUUAUGCUGAACUGCCGGAUGACAUGUCUUCUUGUUUAAAUACUGUAGAUAAGUUAAAAAAUAAAUGAACUGGUUGGGAAAUUCUUACAUUGUGGUAUUUAGUUUUCAAACAAAAGGUGAAGAAUCUGAAGCGGAAUUUUUAGGUUCAUAUAAAAUUUAUCAUUAGCCUGAAUGCUAAAGUCAUGAAUAUUGUUUUCACAAUCCUCAGGUCAGUACUAACAUUUUACGCAAGUACAGUGGGCCAGUUGAUAUCUGGUUGUCCAUCUUGUAUGCCAUGCAUUAUCCAAAUGGGCAGCUUCAUUGCUUGCUAAACGAACAUCCCCGCAAAAGCUAUGUUGCAAUGGCACAACACACAAGCCAGUGGGUUUGGUUCCGGAAGCUUUUUGUAUCAUUUUCCAGUUACACUUACGUGAACACGCUUAGGAAGAUCAACAAGUAGUUGUCAGAAAAGGAUCUGCAAUCAAUGAUAGGAGUCGGGAUCUGGGAGAGCAGACACUGCAAUCAAUAGAGCUGCUGCAGUUGAAUAUAGGCAAUGAUCUUGACUAAGAAAGGUUGUCUAUAUUACAUCACUGACAACAAAAUAUAAGACUCUAAAUUGUUAUAAACUCGAGAUUUGUAUAGGACCAAGGUCUGUGAAUGCUGAGAUGACUAUUGUUUGCUAUGUAUACAUACUAUGUACAAUUCCUUUUUGAUGGCUUGAUACUUGAGAGCAAGUUUCUUCUCUCUGAUUUAGCUAAUAUGUCUGUACUCUGUCAAUUCUGCAGCGGUGUGUGUGUGAUUUCAGGCUUCGAGCUUAGCAAAAGAAGAUACUAUUUCAGAAUUAUUGUAUGUCAGGGUCUUGGGUUAAGGUUUUAGUUAUUGAUUUAUAACAUUUGUUCAUUCCAUGUCUUAACAGUUUUUGUGCAGAAUUGUAGUUUCAUCAACUCUCAAGUUAUCUACAUCUUUUAUAAAUUGUCAAGAUUGUUCUUCAAAGCGAUCCUCUCACACUCUUCAAUAUCCUAUCUUCUGUUCUUAAACUUCCUUUCGGAUAGAAUAUAGCAAGUUAAGACUCGGUUGCUGCGGUUAUUUC